AUGACACUUGUGAUUGAAAACUGGACUCAAAAAGACACCCAAGAUAUCCUGAAAUUCAUCAAGUAUCUUUUCAAACAGAGUCUCAUUGACGAGAAUAGUGAGGACCAGAUCGCCAUCUCGAUUAUCAAGGAAAAGAUUGGACUAGACGGAUCUAAAAGCCAAAGAACAUUAUGGGUCUCCAUCAGAGAGGUGGUAAACAUUCCGCAGGAAGACUAUAUCGAACUACGGACUCAGAUUCUGGAGAAGCGUGCUUCGUAUAUGGAGCAUGCCGCAUCGUCGUAUACAGAAGCCGAUCUACAGCGGAAGGUACUUCGUGCGCUUACUGAGUUGCUUAUGAGGAUGAAGAUGAAUGUCGGAGAGGGGCCUGGGUGUUGGAAAUGUCAGCAGCGCUCAUACAUCGAAGAAAUUCGGGUAAGAUUGUAA